AUGCAUAUCCAUUAUAACAAGACAUUUUUUUGUUACUCAUGUUCUUAUUCAAAUGUAAUAUCUUGUAAGCAGAUUUAUUCUCUUUACUUGAUCUUUAUUGGUAUGGUUUGUGGUAGUGAUAUUCCCCGUGUGUAUAACGCGAUAUCUACAUACUAUAUGAUUACUUCUAUUAUUAAAUAUUCUCUCAUAAGCUUAAAAGAGUCCCAAACAAAAAUAAAUGAAUAUUUGCACUCCCACAAGAUCAUUCACAGAGAUUUGAAGCCGUCAAAUAUAUUAGUAAACAAUAAAAUUGAAGUGAAAAUUUCUGAUUUUGGAGUUAGUAAAAUCAUGCACCGGACAUUGGAUCCUUGCAAUUCCUAUGUUGGAACAUGCGCUUAUAUGAGCCCGGAAAGAUUCGACCUGGAUACAUACGGCGGCAAUUACAAGGGGUACGCCGAUGAUAUACGAAACUUAGGAUUGACUCUACUGGAAUUGUUCAUGGGCCAUUUUCCAUACUUGUCGGAGGGACAAAGACCUAACUGGGCUACACUUAUGUGUGCCAUAUGCUUUGGCGAACCAUCGAGCUUGUUGGAAAGUGCAUUGAAAAAUUUCAAGAAUUUCAUUCAAUGUUGUUCUCAGAAGAAUUCCUGGAAGCCAUCUUUUUUGCUGAUCGUGGUGAUUCCAUCUUUCCGUCCCUAUCUUUGUGGCUGUAUUGUGGCAGAAUGGGUGGAUCUACAGUGUGGGCAGGGGUUGCCCAUUUCUUUCUUUCACUUAGCAGUUGUGCUAGAGGUUGGUGCCGUUGGGUGCACGGAAAUGAAUCCUGAUCAAGUGGAGUGUGGGAGAGGUAAUUCUAUUACUUCUGUUAGCAAUUUUACGAGGUCAAUAGAGUUGAAACCAAAUCAUGCUGUAGAUUUGGUUCUUAGAGAAGAUAUUCACAAAAAAAAGAUAGUGGAGAAACCUUGGGCUUGGCGUUAG